CUCCAAGGGAACCCAGACUUCAAUUCAUCUCCCUCGCUCAUUCCAGUCCAAUCCUACCUUUCAAUUACGCAAAACACGCUCAUAGUGUUUGCAUUGGACAUCCGGCACCAUGGUUCGCGCUUCAUCCUACCUUGGCUCCCUCGCCGUCCUGGCCGCCUCGGCGAUGGCCAAGGAGAUCCAGAUGAACGAUGCCAUCUCCGCUGAGUUCUACGACUCUGGCAAGGUCCACGAACAAGUCAUUGCUGCUAAGAAGGCCGAGUUCGCUCGCCAGAGAGAAGCUGGUGCCUACAACAGUGAGGUCUGGCCUGAGCUGGGUUACACACCUUGCGUCAACGGUUGGGCCGAGGCCGUCGUUGGAGACAGGAACAACACCUUCAGGUGCAACAACGCCGACUUGUACUCCUUCGUCAGCCACGCUGCCCUUGGUGGGCCCCUUGCUGAGGGUUCAUCCUCCUGGGGAUGGACCAACGACGAUGGACGUGAGUUCGUCGCCAUCGGACAGUACGAGGGUACCGCUUUCGCCGAGAUCCUCUCGGACGGCAAGCUCGUCUACCUCGGCCGCCUGCCCCAGUACUCGGCGCCCUCCGAGUGGCGCGAGAUCCGCUCCUACAAGCACUACAUGGUCAUCGGCUCCGAGGCCGUUGGCCACGGCAUCCAGAUCUUCGACAUGAAGAAGCUCCUGGACAUUGACCCCGCCAGUCCCGUCGUCUUCGACGCCAAAGCCGACUUGACCGGUCACUUCAAUGCCCUCUUGCCCCUGGGCCGUGCUCACAACGUUGUCAUCAACGAGGAGCUUAACUACGGCGUCGCUGUCGGUGCUGCGCCCCGUACUGACCCCCUUUGCGCCGCUGGUCUGAACUUCUUCGACCUGACGGACCCCGCCAACCCAGUGUCUCUGGGUUGUGCCAAGGAUGAUGGGUACGUUCACGAUGCUCAGUGCUUGGUUUACCGCGGACCCGAUAAGCGCUACCAGGGCCGUGAUAUCUGCUACGGCUACAACGAGGACACCCUCACCAUCUACGACGUUACCGACAAGGCCAACGUCACGAACAUCAUCUCCCGUAUCUCGUACGAGGGUGCUUCCUACACUCACCAGGGUUGGGUCCUUGACGUGAACAACCAGGAGUUCCUUGUUCUCGAUGACGAGCUUGACGAGGUUCGCGGCAACGGCCCUGGCGGAGACGGCUACCCCGUCACUUUCAUCUGGGACAUCAGAGACCUUGAGAACCCCAAGCAGACCGGAGAGUUCAAGCACCCCACCAAGGCCAUUGACCACAACCAGUACGUCAUCGACAACUACAUCUACCAAUCCCACUAUGGCGCCGGCCUCCGCGUCCUCGACGGUACCUCCAUCCCCACCGACCCCACCGGCGCUGGCGUAUGCGAGGCCGCCUUCUUUGACAUCUACCCCGAGGACGACGACUUCGAGGGCGGCGGCUACGUCGGCUUCGUCGGCACCUGGUCCUCGUACGCCUACUUCCCCUCAGGCUACAUCUUCAUCAACACCAUCGAGCGCGGCGCCUUCGUCGUCAAGUUGACCGGCAAGGACUGCCCCAAGGCCCCCGUCUGCAACGCCGACAACUGCCUGCGCUCGUUCCGCGCCACCUCCGUCCCCGGCCGUCUCGAGGAGUCGCAGGCUUUCUGCAAGUCGUUCUUGAGCAAGCCUGUCAAGGAUGCUAGUGUUCUUCCCGCGCACGCUGUGCAGAACUGUGCCAAGGAGGAUAAGGUUGCUCAGGCUAGCAGUGCCUGCGCCUGCUUGCCUGCUGCAACCGCUGCUCCUUGAGCUAUAUAAUGAAGAGAAGGAGAGACGUGGAAACGUUAGAUGAUAAUGCGUGAUGCGACGUAAAUAAUUCUUAGUACCUAGUUUACCUUCUCAGUUGGUUGCCCAUGAUAUAUGGCUUCUGAGAGUAUAUUAGCAACAAUUGAUGAAUGCAGCUCUGAAGACAC